AUGGUAGGAGGAGCCGUUAUAAACAUGGUCCCCAAUGAGCCUGGGAACACCGAGGAAGCAAUGAACAAUUCAUCGCUAAACCAAGAAAGAGUCAUGGUGGCAGUAUCCGUCACUGUUCUGUCUGGCAUCUUCCAGUUAAUCUUAGGUGUCUUACGCAUUGGCUUCAUCGUCAUCUAUUUAUCUCAGCCAUUAAUCAGCGGAUUUACAACAGCAGCUGCGAUACACGUUUUUGUGUCUCAGCUAAAGUUCAUUUUCCAACUACCGGUUGAGCCAUUUAACAAACCCCUGGGACUCAUCUGGACCCUUAAAAGUAUAUUUGAGCAAAUCACCGAUACCAAUAUUGCGGAUUUAGUCACCGCACUCAUUAUCUUAGUCGUCGUGAGUGUGGUGAAAGAACUAAACGACCGUUAUAAAGCCAAACUCCCGGUACCGAUUCCUAUUGAAGUCAUUGUGACAGUCAUAGCAGCUGGACUAUCUUACGGCUUUAAUUUCAAAGAAAUAUUUGGGGUAGAUACCGUUGGAACAUUAGAUAUUGGAUUUCAAGCCCCAGUGGCUCCCGAUAUCAAGUACUUUGAACGUUGUGUGGGAGACAGUAUCUCUAUCGCCAUUGUCGGCUUCGCCGUUGCCUUUUCGGUGGCGAAAGUUUAUUCCAUUAAGCAUGACUAUCCCAUAGAUGCCAACCAGGAAUUGAUUGCCUUUGGAAUCAGCAACAUCUUUGGAGGGGUGUUCAAAGGAUUUGCGGCGAGCACUUCGCUCUCUAGGUCUGGAGUGCAAGAAAGCACCGGAGGGAAGACGCAGGUUGCUGGACUCCUCUCAGCUAUCAUUGUCAUGAUUGCUAUCUUAGCCAUUGGAUUUCUCUUGGAACCACUGCAAAAGUCAGUCCUUGCAGCUUUGGUCCUUGGCAAUUUGAAGGGGAUGUUGAUGCAGUUCAAAGAGAUUGGAGUUUUGUGGAAAAAAGACAAGUGUGAUUGUCUUAUCUGGAUUGUGACUUUCCUGGCUGCCCUUCUACUGGGACUGGAUCUUGGCUUAGCUGCCGGCCUUGGAUUUGAGCUGCUGACGGUUGUAUUCCGGGUUCAGUUUCCAAAAUGCAUACUUUUGGCUAACAUUGGAAGGAAUGAUAUCUACAGAAACAGAAAAGACUACUCAGAUAUAUAUGAGCUGGAAGGAGUGAAAAUUUUCAGGUGCCCGUCUCCGAUCUUCUUUGCCAAUGUUGAUUUCUUCAAGGAAAAAUUGACUGCUGCGGUGGGAUUUGAUGCUGUCCGGGUGUACAACAAGAGGCUGAAGGCUUUGAGAAAAAUACAGAAGCUAAUCAAGAAAGGAAAAUUAAAAGCAACAAAAGUAAAGUAUCUUUGUUCUCCACUCAGUUGUUUUGAAUGGGGCUUUGAAUCUGAUGACGAUCCAGAAGAUCCCAUAGAUCCAGACAUCCCAACCAAAGAAAUGGAGAUCCAGGUGGACUGGAACUCAGAACUUCCUGUUAAAGUGAAUGUCCCUCAAGUGCCACUCCACAGCCUAAUUUUUGACUUUGGAGCUGUCUCGUUCAUGGAUGUAGUAGCUGUCAGAGUAAUGAAAACGAUUGUCAAAGAGUUCAAAAGAAUUGAUGUGUCGGUAUACAUUGCAUCACACCUAGAUCACAUUAUUAAAACAUUGGAACACUGUGCCUUUUUUGAUGAUGAUAUUCAGAAAGAAUUAUUUUUCCUGACUGUUCACGAUGCUGUAUUAUACAUACAGAAUCAAGUCAUGUAUAGAGAGGCCCAAGACCCUAUAGCUGAAAAGAUAUCCUUAAUGCAGGAAUCCAAAGAGCCAAUAGAAUUCCCAGAAUUGAACCAGAAUGAACAGCUGGAUGUUCAAGAAGAGGCUAUGCGCAGACUUGCUUCAUAAAGGGCAGCUUCAGGCUUGGGAAGACCAUGGACAGCGUACAUCAAUAUCUUCAAGCAAUUUAUCACGGGACAUUAUCUGUUGCACUAGAAGAAAAUAUUUAUGUUAUUCAAGAGACUUCACUCUUUCCCUGCAUCCUAUAAUUUAUUUAAAUUAUUGGUCAACCUGUUUUGCACCAGGGGUGCUCAUGCAUAAUGUAUUUAUGCGUUAUUGUGAUUUUUGAUGUACGGAAGCAAUUGUAGGAAGGAAAUUGGGCUUCUCAGGCAGGAGUUGCUGACCUCAGGGGUGCCAAACUUGCUACCUGUUCAGCUGGAACUAUAUUUGUGGCAGGCAAAUAAUGCAAUAAUCUCAAAGCACAAAACUGGCCUCAGAAGUUAGAAGUGAUUUUUUUUUUUCUGCAAGGUUUAAAAUCAAGGAAGACCAAUGCUGGUUUGAAAAGUAUUCUCUUGAGAAGAAUCCAAAGUAAAACACUCUUCCAACAUAUUUUACACUGAGGCAAUACAAAAAGUUCUUUCCCCAUGUCAUAGUACAUCUUCACCCUUUACCUUCUUGAAUGUUUCUCAACUUCAGCAACUUUGAAGAUUUCUUAACUUUAGCCCCAGAAUUCCUCCGGCUGGCUAGGGAAUUCUGGGAGUUGAAGUACCACACAUCUUAAAGUUGCCAACGUCACUUACUGUAUUAAGGAGCAGAACUAUGCAAUAUUAUGGACUCAAUAUUUUAAAAUUAUAAAUUGGGUUUCAUUGUUUUGCCCAGUUCCAUUUUUGACACUUUUUGCAACAAUGUACUGUCUGUCUAUGAUUUCACUUUUGAAACAUCCUCUUUUAGUUGUUAAUUAAUGCAUAUUCAUGAGCAUCUCAAAUACAUGGUCAUGCUAUUCUGGAAAUUACAGAUUAUGUGUUCUGGAACAAAGCAUCAUUUCAUUCCUCACAAUAAAAUAAUGUUUCCCCAAACUUGGCAACCUGGAGAUGUGUGGACUUCAACUCCCAGAAUUCCCCAGGUGAGGAAUUCUGGGAGUUGAAGUCCAUACAUCUGGGUGAGGAAUUCUGGGAGUUGAACAAUACAUCUUUUAGACCUGGUGAAUUAAGGUCUAAAGUUGUAUUUCCACUGCACAGAAUUAUUGUAACACAAAAUGUUAUACUAGUUCUCAAUGUAGAUGUGCCAGUUAAAAACUAAACAACUGGACAGAGGUAUCUGCAUGGGAAUGAAAAAUUAGUUCUCUAUGACCUCUUCAUCAAAGCUCUGCUCCUUUGAUAUGCAAAUCAUGGAAGUGC